AAACCUUUGAAAUGCUUAUCAAACUGGCUGAGAAUUACACAAGCACACUUUUCUGCAAUGCAUAUAGAAGCAUGGCUGCUGAGGCUACUGCACGUGUUCAGGAGUUUUUCACAGAUGUUGGACUCUUCAUAUUUGGCCCAGAUGUUAGCACAGAGGAAUUUGUCAACAGAUUUUUUGACACUCUGUUCCCAGUAGCGUACAACCACAUCAUUAACCCUGGUCUGACUGACAUUUCACUGGAAUAUGCGGAGUGCCUCCGAAUGUCGAGAAGAGACAUCAGGCCCUUUGGUAAUGUUCCCAAAAAAGCCACAGAAGAAAUGGGAAGAUCACUGUUAACCAGCCGGACUUUCUUGCAGGCUCUGAAUUUGGGGAUUGAAGUGAUCAAUACAACAGAUCAUCUGCAUUUCUCUAAAGACUGCAGCAGAGCUUUACUGAGAAUGCAGUACUGUCCCCAUUGCCAAGGGCUGACUUUAAGUAAGCCCUGUAUGGGCUACUGCCUCAAUGUCAUCCGAGGCUGCUUAGCUAACAUGGCAGAAAUGGAUCUUCAUUGGCGGGGAUAUAUUCAGUCCCUGGAGGAGCUCUCAAGUGCCAUGAGUGGAACAUACGACAUUGAGCACGUACUUCUAAAUUUUCAUUCACUUGUUAACGAUGCACUUGUACAGGCUCGUAUCAAUGGGCCAGAAUUAUCUGAGAAGGUGAACAAGGUAUGUGGUCCUCCUGUAAGGAAGCCUACGCAGUCUCCAGGUUGCUCCGUUGAUCAGAACAAAGAUAAUCAAGGAUUGAUGUUGUUCUCAAGAGACAGUGAAGAAACCCUCACCAACAGAAGAAAAGAAUUUAUCAGCCACCUCCGGCUCUACAGAGCCUUUUAUGGUGGCUUGGCUGAUCAUCUGUGCGGCAAUGAGUUGGCAGCUGCUGAUGGCCUCCCAUGUUGGAACGGAGAAGAUGUUGUAAGAAG